AUGGGGAAUACAAUGAGUGUCCCAGAGGAAGCUGAAGAAGACAAUUUGUGCACAGUAAAGAGCUACCAGGCUCUAUCUGAAUCUCCUAACAAUAUUAAAAAUGGAUCUGCAGCAUUUGUUCAGAGUCAUUCUGCAAUGAAUGGUGAAGGGCGUACUGAAGAUCCAGCUACAGAUUCAUCAGUUGGAUCGGCGAAACUUGAUGUCAGCUCAGAGGCGCCCGGAGUGAACAAAGCACCAAGUGACAGCGUGGAGGUUCCUGCGGCAGCUGCGCGGGAGGAAGGCACGCAUAAAAACCUGACCGGGGCCCCGGCAGCGGCAUCGCUUCGUGACAUCGAUCUCACAGCCCCAGUGACACCUGAGGGAGGGGAUGCAGCUGCCUCAAAGCCGAAACAAGUAACCUUCUUUGACAGGAUCUUCAAACUGGAGAAGGGAAAGGAAAGGAGUAAAACGCAAAUUGAUACCCAGGAGGAAAGGCAGACUUCAGACCUUCCUGACGGGUGCAUCACAGCGAAAGAGGCUGCUGGAUUACAGAGCACAUCAAACAGUGUCCCGCAGGGGAAGGAGAUAGAUGACUGCAACCAAAAAGACCUACGGCAGGACUCGGCAGGUGUCAGUGGUCUCACUGCUGAGCAACCUGAAAAGGCAGAGGUAAAACCAGACAACCCCCAACCAGCUGCUGCAGUAGAUAACUCCGUCAUGAGUUUCCUUAAAACACUGGUUUCCCCAAGUAAAGCUGAAGCCAAAAGUGAUUCUGAAGACAAGGGAUCGAAAGCGGAAAAAGGCCAUGGUGUGCAACCUGCUCCGAAGACAGCGGCAGAAUCCCAAACUAAAGGAGCCAAGAAAAAGAAGGCAGAGAGUCCCAAGCUAGGACACAGUACAUUUAGUAAACUCUUUAGGCAUAAGGCUGCAAAAGAGACCCAACAGACAACUAAUACCAAAAGCACUGAACAGCAGCCUGUUACCUCUGUAAAAUCAGACAAAAAUGUCCCUUCCUCUCAAGAGUCACAGACAACUAAGCAGAAUACGAAAGUCCCCGAGCCUGCAGCCCAACAGCAGGCAGUGGCCAGUGAAGCCCCCAAAGAGGUGACGAAGGAGAAAGCAUCAUCCACUCCUAUGCCACUGAGCAAGCUCUUUUGGAAAAAGAACGCAUCAGAAGAAGCAGAGAUCGUAAGCAAUGAAAAAGCGGACGCAUCUUUAGAAGCAGGGGCUCCUGACAAAGGUGAGAGUAAGAGCCCAGAAGCUGCAGAAGUGAAACCUAGAAGAGAAGAGAGUAAAACCCCCAAAGCAAACCUGAGGAAGUUUUUUAAACUGUCAGUCAAGGGUGAUGGAGGGACAACCAGUUCAGAAGAGGUAAAUGGCCCAAGCCCCUGUCACCAAACAUUAAACUCUACAGAGAAGCCAGUUGCCCCAGCUGAAAGUGAACCUGUGGGCCAAAAGAGCAAAGAGAGUUCAAAAGACAAGAAGUCUACAGUGGAGCUGAGCAAGCAGAAAGGCAGCAAACAGGAAAGCAGGGAGCAGCCAGACCCCCGGGAGCAGCAAGCAGCCGAGACCGACUCCAUCCAGAACGGAGGAGAUGCUUCAAAGGAACCCUCCUUCAAGAAGACAGAGAAGAGGCAGUCACUUGGAGGGUUUUUUAAGGGCCUUGGUUCCAAAAGGAUGUCUGAUGCGGAAGUGCAAACAGAUCCAGUGUCUAUCCUACCUGCUGGGAAAUCCAAGUAA